AUGCGAUUAUAUUGUAUCGCCCUCUUGGGCGCAUUCGUGGCACUCGCAGCCGGUGCUCAUAUCCAUACCGAGACCGCGGUGAGCACUUCUAAGGAGUUAAAGCCUCAGUCGGCAACUCCAACGGCUCCGUGUUGUGAAAGUGUUAGACAAACUCUUCUAGACAUUCGAAAGGAUAUACGUUUAUGGCUCUUAGAUCGGCUCUUUGGUAAAUUGAUUCUCGUUCACGAUGGUGAAAUUUCCGGAAACCAGCAAAAUGGGCCCUGUGCUAAAAAUCAACAAACAACAACAACAACAUCUGGCGAAAGCUCUGGAACUGUGCAAUUUGAUUCGAUCCUAAACGAUAUAAGGAGAUCACUUCCUCAUAAUCACAGAACAUCCCGUCGCUUUGACCACCAUAUUAAAAGAGGAACCAAAAACCACAGCUCAACCACAUCUACUACAACCUCGACAGCCUCGAUUCUUCCUUCAGUGAAUGGAAGUUUCAGCCAGACUAACAGCUCUGCAGUCAGCAGCGCUUCAACAACAGCAAAAUCUGGUUCACAAUCUGACAAUGUUGUCGGUGGUGGCUCAAACUCAACCACAACAAUAUCGUCCGAGGAUCUUAUCGUAAAGGAAAGUUCAAGCAAUUCUAACACCGUUGUCGACUCCGGCAACAGCCACCAGUCUGGCUCUACAACAACCACAACGACAACAACCUCUGACGGAUCUGACUCCUCUAACUCCUCUGCAGAACCUGUUGUAGAUGAUAGCUCAAGCCACUCUAGCACUGUUGUCAACUCCGGCAACACCCACCAGUCUGGCUCUACAACAACCACAACGACAACAACCUCUGAAGGAUCUGAGCAAUCUAACUCCAUGUCAGAUCCAGUUGUAGAUGAUAGGUCAAGCCACUCUAGCACUAUUGUCGACUCCGGCAACACCCACCAGUCUGGCUCUACAACAACCACAACGACAACAACCUCUGAAGGAUCUGACUCCUCUAACUCCUCUGCAGAACCUGUUGUAGAUGAUAGCUCAAGCCACUCUAGCACUAUUGUCGACUCCGGCAACACCCACCAGUCUGGCUCUACAACAACCACAACGACAACAACCUCUGAAGGAUCUGAGCAAUCUAACUCCAUGUCAGAUUCAGUUGUAGAUGAUAGGUCAAGCCACUCUAGCACUAUUGUCGACUCCGGCAACACCCACCAGUCUGGCUCUACAACAACCACAACGACAACAACCUCUGAAGGAUCUGACUCCUCUAACUCCUCUGCAGAACCUGUUGUAGAUGAUAGCUCAAGCCACUCUAGCACUCUUGUCGACUCCGGCAACACCCACCAGUCUGGCUCUACAACAACCACAACGACAACAACCUCUGAAGGAUCUGAGCAAUCUAACUCCUCUGCAGAACCUGUUGUAGAUGAUAGCUCAAGCCACUCUAGCACUGUUGUCAACUCCGGCAACACCCACCAGUCUGGCUCUACAACAACCACAACGACAACAACCUCUGAAGGAUCUGAGCAAUCUAACUCCUCUGCAGAGCCUGUUGUAGAUGAUAGCUCAAGCCACUCUAACACUAUUGUCGACUCCGGCAACACCCACCAGUCUGGCUCUACAACAACCACAACGACAACAACCUCUGAAGGAUCUGACUCCUCUAAUUCCUCUGCAGAGCCUGUUGUAGAUGAUAGCUCAAGCCAUUCUAGCACCAUUGUCAACUCAGGCAACACCCACCAGUCUGGCUCUACAACAACCACAACGACAACAACCUCUGAAGGAUCUGAGCAAUCUAACUCCUCUGCAGAACCUGUUGUAGAUGAUAGCUCAAGCCACUCUAACACUAUUGUCGACUCCGGCAACACCCACCAGUCUGGCUCUACAACAACCACAACGACAACAACCUCUGAAGGAUCUGAGCAAUCUAACUCCUCUGCAGAACCUGUUGUAGAUGAUAGCUCAAGCCACUCUAACACUAUUGUCGACUCCGGCAACACCCAUCAGUCUGGCUCUACAACAACCACAACGACAACAACCUCUGAAGGAUCUGACUCCUCUAACUCCUCUGCAGAACCUGUUGUAGAUGAUAGCUCAAGCCAUUCUAGCACCAUUGUCAACUCAGGCAACACCCACCAGUCUGGCUCUACAACAACCACAACGACAACAACCUCUGAAGGAUCUGACUCCUCUAAUUCCUCUGCAGAGCCUGUUGUAGAUGAUAGCUCAAGCCAUUCUAGCACCAUUGUCAACUCAGGCAACACCCACCAGUCUGGCUCUACAACAACCACAACGACAACAACCUCUGAAGGAUCUGAGCAAUCUAACUCCUCUGCAGAACCUGUUGUAGAUGAUAGCUCAAGCCACUCUAGCACUGUUGUCAACUCCGGCAACACCCACCAGUCUGGCUCUACAACAACCACAACGACAACAACCUCUGAAGGAUCUGAGCAAUCUAACUCCUCUGCAGAACCUGUUGUAGAUGAUAGCUCAAGCCACUCUAACACUCUUGUCGACUCCGGCAACACCCACCAGUCUGGCUCUACAACAACCACAACGACAACAACCUCUGAAGGAUCUGAACAAUCGAACUCCUCUGCAGAACCUGUUAUGGAUGAUAGCUCAAGCCACUCUAACACCGUUGUCGAUUCCGGCAACAGUCACCAGUCUGGCUCUACAACAACCACAACGACAACAACCUCUGAAGGAUCUGACUCCUCUAACUCCUCUGCAGAACCUGAUGUAGAUGAUAGCUCAAGCCACUCUAGCACUGUUGUCAACUCCGGCAACACCCACCAGUCUGGCUCUACAACAACCACAACGACAUCAACCUCUGAAGGAUCUGAGCAAUCUAACUCCUCUGCAGAACCUGUUGUAGAUGAUAGCUCAAGCCACUCUAGCACUGUAGUCAACUCCGGCAACACCCACCAGUCUGGCUCUACAACAACCACAACGACAACAACCUCUGAAGGAUCUGAGCAAUCUAACUCCUCUGCAGAGCCUGUUGUAGAUGAUAGCUCAAGCCACUCUAGCACUGUUGUCAACUCCGGCAACACCCACCAGUCUGGCUCUACAACAACCACAACGACAACAACCUCUGAAGGAUCUGAGCAAUCUUACUCCUCUGCAGAGCCUGUUGUAGAUGAUAGCUCAAGCCACUCUAGCCACUCUGGCUCUACAACAACCACGACGACAACAACCUCCGAAGGAAGCGAUCAGUCAAACUCCUCUGAAGAACCUGUUGUAGAUGAUAGCUCAAGCCACUCUAGCACCAUUGUCGAUUCCGGCAACACCCACCAGUCUGGCUCUACAACAACCACAACGACAACAACCUCUGAAGGAUCUGAGCAAUCUAACUCCAUGGCAGAUCCAGUUGUAGAUGAUAGCUCAAGCCACUCUAGCACUGUUGUCAACUCCGGCAACACCCACCAGUCUGGCUCUACAACAACCACAACGACAACAACCUCUGAAGGAUCUGAGCAAUCUAACUCCAUGGCAGAUCCAGUUGUAGAUGAUAGCUCAAGCCACUCUAGCACUGUUGUCAACUCCGGCAACACCCACCAGUCUGGCUCUACAACAACCACAACGACAACAACCUCUGAAGGAUCUGAGCAAUCUUACUCCUCUGCAGAGCCUGUUGUAGAUGAUAGCUCAAGCCACACCCACCAGUCUGGCUCUACAACAACCACGACGACAACAACCUCCGAAGGAAGCGAUCAGUCAAACUCCUCUGAAGAACCUGUUGUAGAUGAUAGCUCAAGCCACUCUAGCACCAUUGUCGACUCCGGCAACACCCACCAGUCUGGCUCUACAACAACCACAACGACAACAACCUCUGAAGGAUCUGACUCCUCUAAUUCCUCUGCAGAGCCUGUUGUAGAUGUUAGCUCAAGCUAUUCUAGCACCAUUGUCAACUCAGGCAACACCCACCAGUCUGGCUCUACAACAACCACAACGACAACAACCUCUGAAGGAUCUGAGCAAUCUAACUCCUCUGCAGAACCUGUUGUAGAUGAUAGCUCAAGCCACUCUAACACUAUUGUCGACUCCGGCAGCACCCACCAGUCUGGCUCUACAACAACCACAACGACAACAACCUCUGAAGGAUCUGAGCAAUCUAACUCCUCUGCAGAACCUGUUGUAGAUGAUAGCUCAAGCCACUCUAACACUAUUGUCGACUCCGGCAACACCCAUCAGUCUGGCUCUACAACAACCACAACGACAACAACCUCUGAAGGAUCUGACUCCUCUAACUCCUCUGCAGAACCUGUUGUAGAUGAUAGCUCAAGCCAUUCUAGCACCAUUGUCAACUCAGGCAACACCCACCAGUCUGGCUCUACAACCACAACGACAACAACCUCUGAAGGAUCUGACUCCUCUAAUUCCUCUGCAGAGCCUGUUGUAGAUGAUAGCUCAAGCCAUUCUAGCACCAUUGUCAACUCAGGCAACACCCACCAGUCUGGCUCUGCAACAGCCACAACGACAACAACCUCUGAAGGAUCUGAGCAAUCUAACUCCUCUGCAGAACCUGUUGUAGAUGAUAGCUCAAGCCACUCUAGCACUGUUGUCAACUCCGGCAACACCCACCAGUCUGGCUCUACAACAACCACAACGACAACAACCUCUGAAGGAUCUGAGCAAUCUAACUCCAUGGCAGAUCCAGUUGUAGAUGAUAGCUCAAGCCACUCUAGCACUGUUGUCAACUCCGGCAACACCCACCAGUCUGGCUCUACAACAACCACAACGACAACAACCUCUGAAGGAUCUGAGCAAUCUAACUCCUCUGCAGAACCUGUUGUAGAUGAUAGCUCAAGCCACUCUAGCACUAUUGUCGACUCCGGCAACACCCACCAGUCUGGCUCUACAACAACCACAACGACAACAACCUCUGAAGGAUCUGAGCAAUCUAACUCCUCUGCAGAGCCUGUUGUAGAUGAUAGCUCAAGCCACUCUAGCACUAUUGUCGACUCCGGCAACACCCACCAGUCUGGCUCUACAACAACCACAACAACAACAACCUCUGAAGGAUCUGAGCAAUCUAACUCCAUGGCAGAUCCAGUUGUAGAUGAUAGCUCAAGCCACUCUAGCACUAUUGUCGACUCCGGCAACACCCACCAGUCUGGCUCUACAACAACCACAACGACAACAACCUCUGAAGGAUCUGAGCAAUCUAACUCCUCUGCAGCACCUGUUGUAGAUGAUAGCUCAAGCCACUCUAGCCACUCUGGCUCUACAACAACCACGACGACAACAACCUCCGAAGGAAGCGAUCAGUCAAACUCCUCUGAAGAACCUGUUGUAGAUGAUAGCUCAAGCCACUCUAGCACUCUUGUCGACUCCGGCAACACCCACCAGUCUGGCUCUACAACAACCACAACGACAACAACCUCUGAAGGAUCUGAGCAAUCUAACUCCUCUGCAGAACCUGUUAUGGAUGACAGCUCAAGCCACUCUAGCACCAUUGUCGACUCCGGCAACACCCAUCAAUCCGGGUCUACAACAAACACAACGACAACAACCUCUGAAGGAUCUGACUCCUCUAGCUCCUCUGCAGAGCCUGUUGAAGCGAUCAGUCAAACUCCUCUGAAGAACCUGUUGUAG